GCGGGAUGGGGGUCACCGACAGCCCCCUCCGUGCCGUGCAGCCCCCGGCCAGGUGUGUGCACGUUGCACGUGUGAGGGUGCGCGUGCGUGAGUGUAUCGGGGCGCGCGCACCCCGCGUCCGCCCCCGACCGGGGAUUCCCCCUCGGAAAUGGGUCGGCGCCAGUGGCUCCCGGGAGAAGUUGAGCGCGGCUGCUGCACUCCAGCCACGUCCGGGAGGACAGGCCUGGGAGACCGCGCGUCCAGAUGCGUUCGCGAAACUAGAUGAUGGACAUUUAAACAACUCCUUGGGCUCUCCAGUGCAAGCCGACGUGUACUUCCCACGACUGAUAGUUCCAUUUUGUGGUCAUAUUAAAGGUGGCAUGAGACCAGGCAAGAAGGUGUUAGUAAUGGGCAUCGUUGACCUCAACCCUGAGAGUUUUGCCAUCAGCUUGACCUGUGGUGACUCAGAAGAUCCUCCAGCUGAUGUGGCAAUUGAACUCAAAGCUGUGUUCACAGACCGGCAGCUACUCAGAAAUUCUUGUAUAUCUGGCGAAAGGGGCGAAGAACAAUCAGCGAUCCCUUACUUUCCAUUCAUCCCAGACCAGCCAUUCAGGGUGGAAAUUCUCUGCGAGCACCCACGUUUCAGAGUGUUUGUGGAUGGACAUCAACUUUUUGAUUUUUACCACCGCGUUCAAACGUUAUCUGCAAUUGACACCAUAAAGAUAAACGGGGACCUCCAGAUCACUAAGCUUGGCUGAUGUUGUUUCAGCCACGUCCAUUUCAAAUCAGAUCAGGUGCCACAACUAUCUGACUGUUGGUCUGGAAGAAGUGUCUUAACAACAUCCGGAGACUUAAAAAGAAAACAAAAGCAAAAGGCAAGCUUCCCUGUCUCUUGGCAGUUGAAAACCCAAAUGACAACUUCAUCCAAGGUUUGCCCUUAGGAAGCUGUCGGAACAAAGACACCGCGCCAUUAUUCCCAGAACAAAGUAGUAACAUUUAUGCUGGAUUUUAUUCAGACCUAAACUGAAAUGGAUUUGUGAUGAUUUGUGAUUUGGUAGCGAGUUAUUCAUCUUUUCAAAGCAAGGUGAUGUUUAGAAACAAAAAGUGCUAAAGACUUAACAACAAAGACGGUACACCGAAAUCAACUCAUUUCUGCACUGAAGUGGAAUUGCGUAGCACAACCAACAUUUUAGUCAGGGUAUUAACAUAGAAUGUAGGUUGUUCAAGGUUUGUGUGGGUUUUUUUUGUUUUGGGGGGUUUUGUGUUUUUUUUUAUUUUGUUUUGGUUUUUUUUGCACAGGAUAAUGUUAAUUCAGAUUUUUAAAGCUUUCUCAUAUUUAUUUAUGCUCAACAUAUGUAUUAGAAAAUGAUUAAUAUCUCAAGAACAACAAGUUAGGAACUUUUGAAUGUACAAAUAUCUUAGGUCCAAGGGGGGAAAGGUACAUAUUACAAUCAUGUAACAGGUGAAUUUCUACCUUAAACAAUUGAGUCAUAUCCUCCAGACCCCUAUAUUUAGGAUCUCUUGAUAUAAAUUGCUGUAAGUGCUUUUGGAAAGACUGCAACAUUUUGGUAAAACUGGUUUUGGAGUUAUUGACAAUUCAUGUAAAAUUCUAUUUACAUCGCUUUUUCUCCUUCCUGUGAAUUAACACAGUAUUGGCUUCCUUAAGACUGCCUAGCUACUUUUUCCUAGAUUUACAUAAUGGCUCCUUAAGUUGCUAUUAAACUAAUGGACAACA